ACAUGUGUAAAUGUGUAGACAGCUAACAGUUAUAUUGAGUAGACAUGCAGUAGUUAGUAUGCAAGUGUGUUCAGGUUCGCUAAGGAUAGACAAAAGUGUAAACUUUAUGUGCCUCUAGAAGAUAAAUAUAAAGCUAUUGAGUAGAUCUGUCUUUCUGAACUGAGCAGAUAUGUAAUCGGUGUAAGUGUAAUUGGCUCUGUAAAGAAGUGUUUGUGUGUCUACUUACAUUUGCUCUUAAAUCGUUUUGUCUACUCGUAUCUACUAAAACACAUAUUUAUCUGUAUUGAAGUCUACAAUUCCAGUACAAAAGAUUAGUUGUAUGAAAACAAUUUAGUUGCAUACAAAUGCACGCGCGUUAGUGUGUGUGUGUGGAGGGAGGGCGGGCUGGUCGUGAGCAAGAAAGGGAAGGACACUUGGAGACAAGUGUGUGACCGAGCGAGUGUUGCUUGGCUACUGACACCACCGCAUGAUUUAUUUACCCCUCACUUAAAGCAAAGUUCCUUCAGGACCUCAAUAAAAUAAUUACUCAAGUGUUGAUAUUAAGAUCACAACCUUUACACCAAACGAAAUAAAUAAGAUAUAAUGCUGUGUUUCCAUAUCUGCCUUUUUCAUAGCAUGGUAAUCGUCAGAGCAAUGCUUGGAGGUCUUUCUCCACACCUAUAUUUCUCCACAAGUCAGUACAUCUUCUGGAUGCUUAUCUUUCUUGGUCCUGUGUGUACACAAGAGACAAAGAUCACUUGCAGCAUACCAUCAGUGCCGCCUCUACGUGACACAGUCCUGAUAUGUCACUUCCCAGAAGACCUCAGUGUCACCAAGAAAGAUUUUACUGUUUACCACUAUGUUCAGCAUGACAUUCCAGAAUCUGUGUUAGACUGCUGGUGGAUAAAGGGAGUUCUAGACUGUUACACAAAACCAGGGUUCAAGUUUGAUAGGAGAGUCAGCCAAACCCUGAACACUACAAUCCACAAUGUUACCAUGGCAAACACGGGCUUCUACACCUGUCAGGUCGCCGGCUACUCUCCAGAUCUUUUGGAAACUUGCGAAUUCAGCUUGAAACCUGUUUCAGAUAGCAAUAUCAAGUGCAACCUUUCCAGUACCACUCUCAUGUGUCUAUUCAACCAAGAUGUCCAGAAAACCCAGAAACGUUUCGCUGUGUACCGACACAAUGCCAAAGAGAACCAAAAUGUGGUUGACUGCUCCUGGGAAUAUGGUAUACUCUAUUGUAAUGUAGAAGAUGGAUACUUCUUCGAUAAAGAAGUCUCCUCCUAUAUACAAGUCGAGAUUCCAAGAAAGGACACGAAAGGAGACGCCUACACUUGCUGGUUGGAAGGGUCUGAUGCUGAUGAACUGGCAAUGUGUUUCUUGGAAACCGAGAGCGAAGAAAACUCGGUACUUCCGAUGGCAGUCGGUAUAUCACUAGGACUUCUGCUUGUGAUUGCGUCUUCAGUUAUAGGGAUCUUCAUUUGGAGACUUAGAAGGCGUGCAAGGAAAAGCGAAAUAAGUCAAGAAGACGAACUGCAAGAAAUGAUAAAUAAAGACAAACACCCAAUAACGCAAGCGUUUCAAGAUUUUCAACUAAAGAAAGUGAAAGAUAUGUACCCGGACAUGCUAAAAGGACUCUACUUUGUGCCUCCUGUAUACUUCAAUAAAAUUCAGUACACGACACAGUCUGUUGCCGGUCAAGCCAUUCACAUCGCAGACUCUCCUGACCCCAGUGACGUCAGACACGACCAGGCCAUGCAGCACGUGCUGCACUGCUUACGUCACAUGGCACAACAGCAAAACAUGUUUGUGCUGACACAGUUCAAGUAUGAAGACUACCUGAACAAUCCCGGUCCUGACUUUGCAAAACAUGGCUUGCCUACAUUUUCUAGUCUGAAGAAAAAGUUUAGGGACAAAGAUGACGGAUGCUUUGAUAUUCUUUUCAUACAUCGGCUUCAUGGUGUGGUUGCUGGGGUGGUCAAGUCUGUCAGCGAUAAAAAUAACGACUGUGAGGAUGGUGGAGGGUCAGUUGAUGACCAUUUAGUCACAGAGGUGUCUGAUGCCAUCCGACAGCUAAACAAAGCAAAAAAUGUUCUACAACAUCUGCUAUCGGAUCAGGAGCAAAUUACAGUUCGGCUGAUUUUGAUGCUACCCAACGUUGCAAUGUCAACCUUAGAACGUGCACUAAACAGUCAUACUAAAGUGGCUCAGGAAUUACACGAUUGCUUACAUUUGAAUGCUACAGACGAUUCCACUCAGCUUUGUCUGUGUGCUGAUCACUUGUCUAGUCCUAGUGUUCCCUGGAAAGUCAACUCAACUGUAGUGAAUCAUCUAAAACAAUGGUGGGAAGGUGUGACAAAAGCUCAUGCAAAUCAACCCAAAAUGACUACUGAGUUAUUUCAAGACAUAGUAGCAAGAUUUUGUGGUCCUGCAACCCAGUCUUGUCUUAACUUUUCAGUUGAGUCAAAAUAUUACAUGUUGCCUAAGACCCUGAACCAAGCCAUUUCACUUACUAGUCAUUUGUUUGAACAGUACAUUCUCUACCCUGGUAUGACAGACAUGCUUGAGGAACCUCGUGUGUUCCUCUCUGGACCGCCUGGCACUGGGAAAACCAGAAUGCUGGCUUUAGUCGGGAGAAAAUGGAUGUCUGAAGGUCACGUGGUCCAUCUGAUCACGUCGGUUGAAACUCGUGAAGCUACAAGAGCUCUAGAAAAGUUACUGCUGCAAACACCUAGGUCCCAGUCUCAAACCUUUCCCAAAUCAGGGAUAAGUCGUUUGGUGUGUGAAAUAGAUGACAAGAAGAAAAGAGACGAGUCCAUUGAAAAGUUGAUUGGUUUUGCAAAGCUCAAUCCUUUGUUUGCACUUAUUGAUGAACUGGUUCUUGAAAGAUGGAAAGAAACAAAUGUAGAAGCUUUUCUUAAAUCACUUCGCAAGACUAUCCCUAAUCUCCACCUGUGGACGGCCAGCUGCACUCAAAAUAUAACAUCCCCUGACUGGAAAACAUGUAUACUUACAGAACCUCUCAGUUGUCCCCCUGCAGUAGUUAGACAAAUAAAAAGAAAACCAAACACUGCUGACAUAAAGGAGAACUCCCCAUUGAAAUAUUUGCCACCAACAGACGGCUUGCCUGUGAAAAUCUUUUCUCAUAAAGGUAGAGGGCACACAGGAAGAGAACCACGUGACUGUGAUGCUUGUGGAAAGAAUGUUGUCAAAUUUCUGACACAAAGUGUUCAACUUACUGACACAGAAACAGAAAUCAUUGAGAUGAAUACAAGUACCGGGACUGAACAAACAACUUUUGGCCAGUGUCCAGCCCUUCAGUACAGAGAUGUUUUGAUAUUGUUUGAGAGUAAUGUCACACAGGACAGUCCUAUAGUCAAGGCUUUAUCAAACAUUCGAAUUCCAGUCCAGGUCAUUGACUUUCAGAAGCCGAGUUCUACAAUUUGUAUGAGCAGUGUGUUAGCAGCCAGAACAAGUUCACUGUGCACAUUGAGAAGGAAGGUGGUGGUCUAUGUAGAGGGCGCUGGCAACAGAUCCAACAUCUCUCUUCAGCGUGGCAGACAAAAAGGUCUCACUAGCUGUACAUCACAGCUUGUGUUUGUUAAAUAUAAUAAGAACUGAUUAAAGUCUGUGUUUGAUGACCUUGUAACAUUUUGUUAUUAUUUGUGUGUUUUUUAAAUGUUUUUCUGUAUCAUGGAAUGUUUUAGCACGUGUCAUUCCACGUGAGAAAUCUUUAUCAAGGAAAAACGUAUUACUCAUUAUAUAAUUUAUUUUUGAUCAGUCACAAAGUUUGUAGACUUUGCUAACAGUUAUAGGAGUGUCCCUCUGAAAGUUUGUCAUGCUAUGCGCUGUUGUCACUAUAAAUGUUUUAGUCAUUGCGUUCUCACAUGUACACUUAGUCAUGCUGGUCAUAGGACAGAUGUAUAUAUGUGAUUGACACACUGAGCUGAUUUCAAAAUGUUAUUGUUUUAGCAGGAAAUCCCUCAAAAGAGUGAUUUUUGCUGGUUUGUUAAAAUAAAAUAACUUCCGUGGUCAUUCCUACAAUUAUCUACAAAAGCAAAACCUUUUAUCUAUAAUAGUAAGUUCGAGUUCUUCUUCGCUAAAUGUGGUGAUAUGUUUUUAGCAAAUGAUUCACGUAUUACCAUUUACUAUAAAAGUUAAAAUUACACAUUAGUGAUAAAGUGGAGUUAACACUUUUUUUAACAUACUACUUUAUAUAUUUUUUGUGAAUCAAUUUUUAGCUUAUAUAAUUUUAUAUAUAUAUAUACUCAAUAGAAUAAAUUGUUAGACUACUUUCUUUUAAAAAUAAGCUGUCAUGAGAAUUACAAUCACCAAGCGUAAACACAAAAUGUGUAUGAGUAAAAGAGUAUAACUGCGUAAUAUAAAAAUAAUAAGAUACUGUUAAAGAUUUGGAUAUCAUUUCAUUCGACUUUUUGUAAAUCUUUUAUCAGAGCAUACACUUCAUAAGCAAUAAUUGCAGUUUACAUCCUGUAACGACACUUUAAUUUGUAUGCAAGCAACUGUAGAAGAAUUGAGGAAAAGAAAUGAAUAAAGUGGUUGUAGAUAUGUCUUUGUCUCUCUGUGUGAGUGUAUAACUAUAUUUUUGACGGAGAAUCACUUGCGAAUGUCUAAAAUAUCAACAAACAGUAGCACAUAACCUUACAUUUAUCUUUAUGUCUCCGUGUAAGUUGAUUUUUUUUUCUAAG